AUGACCACACCGACACUCAUAGAUCUACCUCCCCCGCCCUCGGAUCCUGUCACGCCGUCGGACAUGGGACCAGGCACACCAAAUUCAGGCACAACCUCCCUCUCUGCACUGUCCACCACCGCUAUCAAAGACGGCCAUCAGGGGCAGCCUCUACCACACGGGCGACAUGCUCAUCACUCAUCCUCUGCCUCGGCGACGUCUACAUCUACCCUGGAGGCGGAACGAGCCGACCGCAUCUCCCGUCUCGCCGGGCUGGAACGUGUCGCAACCGCCCGAGCAGGAGGUGUUCCUCAGUCGAAUCUCAUCUUCGCGACGGCGCACGGCCCCGGCUACUUUGACAGCGGACCUGGCUUCAAAGAAAGAAGCACCGUGGGCAGUGCCAGCGCCACCGGCAGCGUGGGUGCUCGUACUACAUGGGCAAGCGGUAGCGAUGCACUCGACGCGGACAAGAUGAGCGAAGACACGAACGAAGACGAUGAAACGUCUAGCGUGGGAAAUAUCAGUGAAGGGGACGCAAGCCUGGUUGCAUUUGGAGAGGGCGCUAGUACGAUUAGUGGCCCGAUUUCGCAUCCCAGUCUCAACCGAAUGUCGUCCGGUCGUCCGACUUCACUGGGAGCUGGAAGUCCUAGCAUGAGCCGAGCAAACCCCCUCGCGUCGUACCAGCCUGGAGUCGAAGACAACGCCGCCGCGUCCUCUUCCUUAUCUCCUGCGGGAUCGAAUACGCCGGAACAGAUGCAUGACGCUCGCAUGCUGGACGGGGUAACCUAUGACAGUGAUGUGGUCGACACGACUGUGAGAACCCCGCGGCUGGCCACACCAUUCAGCCACGGCCAGUCUGCCAACCGGAACGAUGACUCGGAAGUCAAUUGA